AUGCCCGCCUACGAAGACUCUGAGCUCAACGUUCCCAACUCUCCCAGCGCCCUCCGCAAGAUGUCCAACGUUGAGAACGGCGACAGCCUCGCCAUUCCCGGCGACGGUGUGAACGGUCCUCAGGAAAUCCCUGCCACCCGAUCUUCCAUCUCAGAGGCGGCCAAGUACAUGCACAACCUCAGCGUGUCUCCUUCCAUGAGGGACCGACGAUCUUCCCGAAACUCCUUCGGUACCGCUCUGCCCAUCCCCCGCAAGCGUCAGUCCCGUCUCUCCUCCGUCCACCAUGCCGACGACCGCCCCACCCGGCCCGGCAUGCCCCCGAUUCAGCCUACCCGGGACCUCCUCGUCGCCCAGGUCCAGGACCUCCAGGCCGAGAAGGUCACCAAGGCUAAGAACAUGGCUUUCGCCUUUGACAUUGACGGUGUCCUUGUUCACGGUGACCGUCUGAUCCCCGAGGGUAAGAAGGCCCUCGAGAUCCUCAACGGAGACAACGAGCUCGGCAUCAAGAUCCCUCACAUCUUCCUCACCAACGGUUCCGGUAAGAUUGAGAAGGACCGUUGCCACCAGCUCGAGAAGAUCCUCGGCAACCCCGUCAGCACCGACCAGUUCAUCCAGUCCCACACUCCCAUGAGUGCUCUGUCCGAGUACUACAGCACCGUCCUCGUUGUCGGUGGUGAGGGUUAUCGCUGCCGUGAGGUCGCUGAGCAGUACGGCUUCCGCAACAUCGUCGUCCCCAACGACAUUGUCGCCUGGGACCCUACCAUUGCUCCCUACCGCGUCUUCACUGAUGAGGAGCGUGCCACUUCUCGUCCCCGUGAUUUCACCAAGAUCUGCAUUGAGGCCAUCAUGGUCUUCUCUGACUCGCGAGACUAUGCCACCGACAUGCAGAUCAUCAUGGAUGUCCUCCGCGCUAAGAACGGCCGUCUGGGCACGAUCGCUGAGGACCCCGUCGCCGACCGAGUCCCCAUCUACUUCUCCCAGGGUGAUCUCCUCUGCCCUACCGAGCACCCCAACCCCCGUAUGUCUCAGGGUGCUUUCCGCAUUGGUCUUGAGGCUAUGUACAAGGCCCUUACCGGCGCCGACCUCGAGCGUGUCGUCUACGGCAAGCCUGAGCUGGCUACCUACAAGUACGCCGAUGACGUCCUGACCUCUUGGAUGGGCGAGCUCCACGGCGAGGAGCGUCUCCCCCAGAACAUCUACAUGAUCGGUGACAACCCUGCCUCCGACAUCAUCGGUGGAAACAUGUACGGCUGGAACACCUGCCUUGUCCGCACCGGUGUCUUCCAGGGCGGCGACAACGACGAGAACAACCCCGCCAACUUCGGCGUCUUCCCCAACGUUCUCGAGGCUGUCAAGAAGGCUCUCCGUGCUCAGCUCGGCGACGACUUCAAGUGCUUCUUCGACGAGAAGAUGAACCCCGUCCUGCACGGCGAUGCCAACGACGGUGCCGCUGUCGUCUAA